AUGGCCAACCCCUACGCCCACUCCUCCCGCUCAAACAGCAUCGCCAUCUCCACGUCGGCCUCCAUCCACUCAUCUCCCAAUCCCUCCCCCGUUUCUCCCGCCUCCCCUUCCUUAUCCGGCACCCACAUCCAGCGGCGGCAGAGCUGGAACGCCAAUUCCAGAGUAGAUGAGGAUUUCACUGUGCAUGUGGCCGCGGGCACGGAGAGUACACCUGUAAAGAGACCCGUUUCUCCGCAUGGGACGUCUACGCCGGUAGCUGCGACAAGCACAGGCGUGAAUCACCGCCCCCGCCUGAGUGAGAGGGACAUUACUUGGGCAGGCCUGGGAGAUGGGUCAAACAUAUGGGGCAAUACUACCCAGGCGACGCCCACACCACAAUCAAACCAUCCAUUCAUGGGCCAGUUCCCGUCCAGCAACUCUCUCGACUCGGGCAACUUUUCUCCCCUGGACGACGGGGGGCCCCGAAAUACAUUCUCGAUGGAUAGGGAGAGGUUGACUCCUGGGCGUGCGGAUGAUCAGGGGUACGACUUGGGCUAUGGCGGACUAGGGAAAGGCACGCCAAGACGCUCGCCUAGCAAGCCUUACGAGACGUCUUCGAAUCUCAGUCGGCGCUCGACUCUACGCAAUGUCUCUUCAUCAUUAAGAAAAGCGAGUGUGAGAGUUGUGAAUAUUAUGGGAACGGACAGGCGGAAAGAACGGGUGGGGAGUGAUGAUGAUGGAGAAGAAAUUUUACAAGAUGAUGACAUGGAGGACGGAGAUGUUGGGAUGAAGGACUUGGGGCGAGAUAGACUAGAUGGUACAGUGCCAAAUCCGAGGCCGCCAUUAGUCCUAGAGGAAGAUCGGCCAAGUCAGUACGGGAGAUUACGAGGACGAACGUUAUGUGUUUUUGGACCGCACAACAGGAUCAGGAAGGGGAUGGAUAGUCUUAUGCGUUUUCCAUGGACUGAACCCUGCAUUCUUCUUCUAAUCAUCGCCAACGCUGUUGUCCUUGCAAUCCAGGCUGCUCCGGCUCUGAACGAACCGCGACAAGACGAUGGUUAUUUUCAAAGCUGGGAGGAUUACGCGCUGCUGAUCUUCUUCACCUUAUUCACAGUGGAAAUGUUUGCAAGGAUACUGGUCACGGGCUUGCUGCUGGAUCCUGACACAUCGCUUUCGCAAUCCCUCUUCGCUCCUGGCGGCAUCGUCCCCACCCUGCGAGACUACUUGCUAGUCACCUCCUCCAACAUUCAAAGUAAUCUGCAUCGUAGCCAUGGCAAAUCCAGGCGUGCGGCGUGGCGUUCACAAGUGGACCCCAAGCUACAACAAAAAGCGACCGCGGUGAAGAAAGCGUUUGUCGGUAUCUCUGAAGCGCCCUUCCAGGAAGCUGUGGCAAAGCAAAAGAGCUUGUCCGACCAGGGAAGACCCUAUCUGAGGCAUUCAUGGCACCGAAUUGACAUGAUCGCUGUAUUUGCGUUCUGGAUCACCUUCAUCCUCGCGCUAACAGGGUACGAAGCUACGGCGAACCGCCAUCUCUACAUCUUUCGCGCCUUGUCCGUCCUUCGGGCUGGCCGUCUUCUAGUUAUCACCAGCGGUACCACCACCAUCCUCCACUCUCUCAAACGUGCCGGUCCCAUGCUCAUCACCGUUUCCUACUUUCUCAUCUUUGCCGCGUGUAUCUUUUCAAUCAUCGGGGUCCAGAGUUUCAGAGGAAGCUUUAGGAGGGCGUGUGUGUUGACCGAUCCUAACAAUUCGACGAAUUUGAUCACUUUGGACACUCAGUGUGGGGGUUGGCUAGAUGGAGAUCUGGCCACCAGAAGCUAUCUGAACGAGGAUGGGACGGAGUCUUCUGUCCCGGCAAAAGGCAACAUUUGCCCGUUGGGACAGCAGUGUAUGACCACAGAUGAAAACCCAAACAGCAACGUCAACAGUUUUGAUAAUGUAUUCUCAUCCCUCGUCCAGAUAAUCAUUAUUGCCUCCGUGAACACCUGGGCGCCGGUCAUGUACCUCGCCAUGGACUCGGACUUUUUCGGCUCCUGUCUCUUCUUUCUCGCCGGAGUCAUUGUGCUCAACUUCUGGCUCAUCAAUCUUCUCAUCGCCGUCGUUAUCAACACGUUCAAUGACAUCCGCGCCGAGACCAAGAAGAGUGCUUUUGGUGGUGAUGAGACUGUUCUGGGGACAGAGCCUCAUUGGGCGACAGAGGACAGGAAAGCCAAGAGCAACAGACUAUUGACGAUAUAUCAAAAGACGGAAUUCGUCUGGGUGUUGUUGAUUGUGGCUGAGCUUGUGGUAGCGGGUAGAGGGAGGCAGGACUAUGAUAGCGCCUUUCGCUACGUCAUGAUUGUCUUCACCAUCGCUUUCGACUUCGAGAUAGUCAUCCGCUUUCUCGCCCAUCUCCCCGACUGGUCGACCUUCUUUGAACGCAAUCGUAACAGCUUUGAUCUUUUCCUCUGUGUCGCAUGUUCCGUCAUACAGAUCCCUGACAUUCGCAAGAACGACAUCUAUCCCUGGUUGACUGUGUUUCAGCGAGUGAGAUGGUAUAGGGUGAUUUUGGCGUUCCCGAGGAUGAAGCCUUUGAUGGUGACGGUGUUUGGUAAUUUUGCGGGUAUGCUGAACAUGGUUAUAUUCCUAUUCCUGAUCAAUUUUCUUGGGGCAUUAAUGGCUGUUCAACUCUUCAGAGGUGAUCUUGAAGCGGGAGAAACCAUCACGUUCUCCCAGACGUACAACUCAUUCUUGGCAAUGUACCAGAUCUUCUCGUCAGAAAACUGGACAGACAUUGUGUACAACGUGAUGGGAGCCGAAGUCGAUUACAAGCAGGACGUCAUAGCAGCCAUCUUCCUGUGCGGAUGGUUCUUGUUCUCCAACUUUAUCGUCCUGCAAAUGUUCAUCGCCGUUAUCAAUGAGAAUUUUGCUAUCGCAGAAGAACAGAAACGUAAACGCCAAGUCGAAGCAUUCAUCCGCAAAGCUGAAGCACCCUCCGACCAUCUUACAUGGAUUGAUCGUCUCAACCCUUACCGGCUCUUGACUGCUCGACAUCGAGCGGUCAAAGUCGGUGUGCUGCCCCCAAGCCUCGUACUUCCGCUGAAACAUAGUUCUGGCGUGGACGUGUCAAUGCCGGCGGAUUUGCAAGCCGGAGAAAACAAGAGAACUAAGGAUGCGGUGAAGAGGCUGCUGGGAAGAGAUCAGGAUGACGAAAAGAUACCCCUGAAGAAGCUGAGACGUCACACGAGAGCUCAGUUCGCGGAUCAAGAGGACGAGGACGAGGAUGAUCGUGGCUUGACCGACCUUCUUCCACCCCUGAAUACCGCUGUAUCUACAGACGAGCACCUCGACGCUAUCCGUGAACGUCGUAAUCAACAAGCCGACUUUAUUGCCGCCCAUCCUAGCUAUGACAAGUCCCUGUGGAUCUUCAAGCAAAGCAAUCCUAUUCGAAAAUUCUGUCAAGCGUGCGUGUCGCCAGCAUAUGGCGAGCGCAUCUUCGGCCGGCCUGCCAAUCCCCUCAUGUCUAUGGCUCUCAAAACCAUCGUAUUUUUAUCGGUGGUGGCCAGUAUCGUGAUUGCCGCUAUCGCUUCUCCGAGCUAUCGAAAGACAUACUACGAGGAGAAUGGGGUUUUCAGAGGGACGUGGUUCGAUCUGGUUGAAGUCGCCCUCGGUGCUGUGUUCCUCUUGGAAGCAGCCGUCAAGAUAAUAGCCGACGGUUUCAUCUUCAAUCCGAACGCCUACUUGCUGUCUCUUUGGAACGUCCUCGACGCCAUCAUCCUGGUUACCAUCCUCGUCAACACCACGACGUCUUUGAUAUACAUCGGAGGACUGAGUAGAGUGACCAGAGCUUUGAAGGGCUUCAGGGCUCUGAGGCUGAUCACGUUGUUUGGAAGGCUGAGAGAUACCCUGCACGCGGUGUUGUUUGCUGGUGCUCUCAAGAUCUUGGAUGCUUCAAUCUUCAUGAUACUGUAUCUCAUUCCGUUCUCGGUCUGGGGAAUGAACAUCUUCUCCGGGUUGCUCUAUUACUGUAACGACGAUGACGCUUCCGGUCUCUCAGACUGCUUUGGGGAAUUCUCCACAUCUUCGGUCGACGACUCACUCACCUACCUCGUCCCUCGCGUCUGGUCCAACCCGACCGUUGACGAGAGCAAAUGGUCAUUCGACACAUUCCGAAGCUCGCUUCUGAUUCUGUUUGAAAUCGUGUCACUUGAAGGGUGGAUCGAUGUGAUGGCGUCCGUCAUGAAUAUCACCGGAAAAGACCAGCAACCAGAUGAUAUGGCUGGCCAGUGGAAUGCCAUCUAUAUGUUGAUCUUCAAUCUGUUUGGAGGUGUUAUCAUUUUCACCCUUUUCGUCAGUAUCAUCAUUCAAAACUUCAGCUCCCGGUCCGGGAACGCUCUUCUCACGACGGAUCAACGUCAGUGGGUAGACCUUUCCAAAUUCAUCAAGGCGCAGACUCCUUCCCAACUUCCGAAAGGCCGACCUCAGCUCCCUAUACGGUCUUGGUGCUAUGACCGUGCUGUCAACAAGAAUGGAUUCUGGGCGGUUGGGUUUACGAUGAUAUACUACUUACAUAUCUUGCUUCUCAUGAUGGAGGACUAUUCCGAGAACCUGCUCAACGAAGUCCAAUUAGAUUGGAUCUUUCUUUGCCUCACCAUACUCUAUGCCAUUGAUCUUCUUGUACGAUUUUAUGGCUUGGGUAUCAAAUCCUUCCGAGCAAACGGCUGGAACAUAUUCGAUCUGGUCGUUAUCACGGGUAGUUUCGCCACUACUAUCCCGGCCCUACAGGCGUCUAGUAGAGGCGACGUCGCAAAUCAGGCAAACGUUCAGCUUCAGAAGCUUUUCUUGGUCUCCAUCUCUCUCAAGCUUGUGCAGAGAAUCAGCUCCCUCAACCAGCUCUUCAAGACUUCCGUCGCCAGUCUUCCCGCCAUCGGAAACUUGUUCCUUCUUUGGGCCACGAUCUUCAUCUUCUACGCAAUCAUCUAUCUCGAAGUUUUCGGCCUCACGAAAGAAGGCAACUCUGCCGGAACAAGAUUCCAAAACUAUUACACCUUUGGUAAUGCGCUGGUCAUGUUGGCUUUCAUGUCAACUGGCGAAGGCUGGAAUGCCUAUAUGCACGACUACACUGUCGAAGCACCACGAUGCACCGAGAGCAGCAACUUCCUACAGACGGAUUGUGGGACUUCCCCGGGAGCCUACGUCCUGUUCAUCAGCUGGAAUAUCGUAUCAAUGUUCAUCUUCGUCAAUAUGUUUACUGGUGUUGUUGUUGAAUCAUUUGCAUAUGUCUACCAACUGCCAGGGAAAAGCUCAUUGAACAGAGAGGAAAUGCGCGCUUUCAAGCAAUUGUGGUCUGAUUUUGACACGGAAAGAUCUGGCUAUCUCAAAAGGAAAGACUUGACUAAAUUCUUUGCGCGAUUGACUGGUGUCUUCGAAGUACGACCGUAUCCUUUCGAAUUCAGUAUCCCUAACAUUGUUCAACGAUCCACUCCCAAUGGUUCGGAGAACGCAUCAGGCCAGACGUCCGUCAUUUCAGGCGUCAAACACGCCGUUGACGUACGGCGUGUGGCACAGCAGAUUUCUCAGAUUGACUACCGUCAAGUUCGAGAACGCCGCCAAAUCUACACCAAGCUUUAUAAUGAGGCACGUAUUUCAGAGGAGCCAGGGAAAGGAAUCAGCUUCACAGCCAUGUUGGUAUUGCUGGCACAUUACAAACUCAUUGACGACGAGCAAGCUUUACAACUAGAUGAUCUACUUGUUCGAAGAGCGAAGAAUGAGCGAGUGAUGGAUCUAGUCAAUCUGGAUCGAGUCCGAGGGCUUUUAAGGACAAUCUACUGGAGGAGAAAGUUUAUCGCCUCCCGUGAUGCUCGCAAGAGAACAUUGAAUGCCGAAGCCGAAGGAAUCCCUGCCAUCGUACUUGAGCCAACACCCGCUACACCUCCCGGCGAGAACGAUAGUUCUUUUGGUUCAUCAAAGUACAAUGCUUCCUACUCUGCCCACGCUAAAGAAGAGCUGGGGCGCUCCCCGUCUCCUCCGUCUCGAGGAUCAUCACCUGCUCAGAGUCCCACCGCCUACUACUCCCCUUCACAUAGCUUGCCGGUCACCGAUCUGUCGAUGGCCAGUGUACCUGGCCCUCGCAGCCACCCGUCAUCACCGACAUUCCAUGGUUCGGCUAUGUCAAUGUCAAGGCCCGAUAUGGGAAGAAAAUUAUCAGAUGCCAGCCAUCUAUCAUCAGACGAUGCUCAUUAUCGACGCGACUCGGUGUCUUCUGAAGACCUUGCGACUGAGCAAGUAUUUGGCAACGCGUCUGACUCGAUGUGGGGUGAUAUGAUGAGGGAGGCUGUCAAUCAAGAAGAGAACCAUUAG